AUGUCUCAACAUCCAUCAUCAUCUGGUUCCAAAUCCUCCCAACAUGCAAAGACUCCAUCCAUGGAGUUUGUAGAUGAAGACGUGAUGGACGUCACUCCUCUGUGCAUGAUACCGGGCGACACCACAGGUCCCUCCUCCAAUGCUGGAGAUAAGCAAGGUAAUACCUCUGGUAACUCCUCUCUUCCAAAAGACAUGUAUUAUGCUGAUCGUGCUAUAAGGAAAUUAGUCACGAGGAUUCUGAGUGAAGGGCAUAAAGUUGAAGGGGUUUCUACCCCUCUGUCCAGAAGGGAACCCUCUCCUGAGGGAGAACCUCAUGCUGAUAAAGAUGAUGACUCAUCUAGAUCAGAAAAGGAGGUUGCUGCUGAAGGGCUUUGCUCUCUAGGUAAAACCCUACCUAGCAAGAAACCAAAUGUGCCUCAAGAAAAGAUUAUUGACCUAGAGGAAGAAAACUCUGAAGGAGAGGAUGAUCCUUUGGUUCAUCUGGUAAAACCUAGUGUAGCUGAGAAAUUGAGAACUAAGAAAGGGAAAAGUGUGGCUAAAAUGAGAACUGCUAGAGUGAAAAAGGCUGCAGGUAUAGGACCCUCAAAACCCUGGAGCAAAGUUGAGGUUGGGAAAAGGAAAGAAAGAGACAGCUCUGACUCUGAGGAUGAUUUCAAAGACGAUGUCCCAGACAUCUCCCCUGCAAAAAGGCAGGCUGUUCAGAAGUCCCCUGGCAAAGCUACUGUUGUACACCUUGACAAUAUCUCCUUUCACUUAGAAGAUGGUGCAGCUAAAUGGAAAUAUGUUAUUCAGAGGAGAAUAGCUAUUGAAAGAGAGGUUGGGAAAGAGGCUGUAGAGGUAACAUAA